AUGAGACUAGAAUAUAAGGUCAACCCGAACAAUGUGGCAAUAUUAAAGACUCCAGAAGAGUUUUAUGGUACUUUAUGUGGCCUUUACCGCAAUGCGAAGUAUCGCAUUGUUGCUUCCUGCCUUUACAUUGGCAUUGGAGAUCUUGAGGCACGCCUUGUCAAAUCAAUUUGUUCUUCAUGUCAGUCACGACCUGAUCUUACAGUUGACAUAUUGCUAGAUUUUAAUAGGGCUCAAAGGAGAAUCAAAACUAAGAAUGGUGUAAAAUCAUCACUUACAAUGUUGAAUCCUAUUGUACAAGCCUCUAAUCGUGCCAGAAUAUCCCUAUUUUAUAACCCAUCACUCAACAACAUUUUGUAUAAUAUUACGAAAUCACCACUAAGUGAAGCCUUUGGGGUCAUGCACCUAAAGGUAUUCAUCGCAGAUGAAUUCGUCAUUAUUUCUGGAGCCAAUCUUAGCGAUGAAUAUUUUGUCUCGCGCCAGGAUAGAUAUUAUUUGAUCCAGAAUGAAACCCUAUCUGACGCUUUACAUACUCUAGUUGGAUCUAUACAAAAUAUCAGUUUUACUUAUGUAAACGGUUCGGUGCAAUGGGACUCCAAUUUCUCUCAUCCAAGGCACCAAGCAUUAGUUUAUAGACGUCAAAUAGGUUACUAUCUACGAGAAACGUUGGUUACAUGCCAGGAGAUAUUAAAUGAAGGUUUGUCGGGACCAAAAUCUGAACAAAUUAUUAUAAAGAAGGGUUUAGGUGUUGGAAACAAAUCUUGCAUAUCACUUGCGAGUCCUCAAAUUAUCCCUAAAAAUGGUCUUUUUUGCACUAUACUUUUGAGCUUACAAUGUCCAUUUGCUUACCCUCCUAUUACGGAUGAUUAUGAUAUGGUUUAUGAGUUAAUCCAGGAGGCAUUACGCACUGAUCAUUCGCUACUCAUCUCCUCACCUUAUCUAAACUUUACUAAUGAAUAUAUCGAGUCUUUUGGUCAGUUCUUAUUGAAAGAUUCAGAUGCUAAACUCCGAAUCAUCAAUGCAUCGCCCUCUGCUAAUUCAUUUAGCAAAGGGUCAGGUGUUGCAAAGUUAAUCCCAGAUUUGUUUACAAUAGCAUCCGCAACAUGUUUUGAUAAAAUGUACUCUGUUUUGAAAAAAAUUAAAAAUGAGAAUGAAGAGGAAGUGGAAAGUAUGGAUGAUUUUUAUACACAAAUCAACCCCGAUUUUUAUGAGGAAUAUCAUCGUGAGCAUUGGACUUUUCACGUCAAGGGGGUAUGGUUAUAUAAAUGUCCAAAGAAUGACACCGACAUAUGUACUCCAUGUACUACCGUAAUAGGUAGCUCUAACCUUGGCAUGAGGUCCAGGUAUUUGGAUAUGGAACUUUCUGCUUGCAUACAAACAAAUGAUCCCGAAUUGUGCGCCUCAAUUUACGAGGAGAUUGAUACUGCUUUUAAGUAUACUAAGCCCGUAUCUUUAUCUGAACUCUACUCGAGAUGCUCAAUGGUGACGAAGAUUUUGUAUAAACAUAUAGGUUUAAGGCAAUUUCUAUAG